AAGACGAGCAACCAGUUCAGUCGGUUCUGUGGUUUAUAUCUGUAUGCAUCGUUCAGUCAGACUGCUCCUUCACCAACAUCUUUUGGCAACUUUUAUUUGUGUGCUCCUGACUCUGCUUUGGUCCGGCGAAACACGUCACAACAAAGCUCAAGAGGCAUGUUUCAGCCGUCUACGAGCCGACAUUGUUUUUGUCGUGGAAAGUUCCGAUGCUAUAGACGCAUUCUCCUACGAAUUCUAUCUGAAGGACUACCUAAACGAUAUCGUCCGAAAGCUACCUAUUGGGCCAAACAAUGUGAUGAUAUCAGUGGUCCUCUACUCAGAUCGAUUACAUUUGGCUGUCAAACCCGAGAUCACAACCACAUUACCCGAUCUCCUCUUGGCCAUUCGAAAACUACCGCAUUUGGGUGGGUCACGAGCGAAUGUCAGAAUGGAAACAGCAAUUACUGAGACUUUGGAAGGCGCGUUUCCUCCACGUACAGAAAAAGAUCCAGACGCCGGAAUCCUUCGCGUCGCAGUCCUCAUGACUUCUGGGAAAGUUAACCAUGUCAGUCAACAACCCAAUUUAUCAACAAGUGGACAAAUGAAAGCUUUGGCACAGCUAUUCGGACCACUUUUUCAAGCACAUUUGAGAGGUGCUCAACACUCGAGCGGAUCAGUGGCUCAACUGAAAGCGUUGGGACACAAGUUGGACCAGCAAGUUGACAUGGUCUUUAGUAUUGGUCUACAAGGGGCAGAUCAAGAUGGUGUAAAAGCGCUUACGCGGAAUCCAAAUCGUGUGUUUCUCAUCGAUCCAAAGAAGGGAUACUCUUCUUUGACUGUCGACGAAUUUGACCCCACAGAUGACCUUUGUCCACAACCUCAAUGUUGCAAACAACCUGGUCNAUGCGAGACAUCAACCCCCGCCAGCACCUCCACGACUACAACCACUACAACAAAAGCACCUUCAUAUUACCCACCUCUCGUGAUUUUAAAACGUCCGCCACCCAAGUAUCAUCAUCCACACCCUCAUGGGCACUACCUAAAUUGGGCCCCGUGGAAUAUGAUCACAAAACAAGACCAAAAAGAAUCGAUUGAAGCCAACGCAGACAGCUCACUUCCCAAGCAGGAGAUUGCAAGCCUGACACAUCUUAUCAAUCUGCUUCGUGCUCAACAGCACGGUAUCCAAUUACCAUAUUUUGCUGGCGUGAACGAAAACCAACUGCAUAAGAAGCCGCAAUUGGUUCAGAUCAAUAAUUUAGUGAAUAGUGGGACACAUACUGGAAACUCGUCGAACAAUGACUCAAAGCCUCUGUCCGGCGUGUCAUAUAAUACCCAGAAAAUGGAUACAGGAUUCAACGGACGCUGGUUUGCUCGUCAGGCUGAGACUUCAACCACCGAGACAACGACGCCCUUACCCACCACCACACUUUACUACCAACAUCUCUAUUCCAUAUGGGCAGAAGAGCGCAUGAUGAUACGUAACAGACUGCGCUUGCUAUUGACCCGAUUACUAAGUGCUCGUCCGCAGAAUGUUGCAAACAACCUGGUCUGCGUUCAGCAGGUCAAUGCGCAGACAUCAACCACCGCCAGCACCUCCACGACUACAACCACUACAACAAAAGCACCUUCAUAUUACCCACCUCUCGUGAUUUUAAAACGUCCGCCACCCAAGUAUCACCAUCCACACCCUCAUGGGCACUACCUAAAUUGGGCCCCGUGGAAUAUGAUCACAAAACAAGACCAAAAAGAAUCGAUUGAAGCCAACGCAGACAGCUCACUUCCCAAGCAGGAGAUUGCAAGCCUGACACAUCUUAUCAAUCUGCUUCGUGCUCAACAGCACGGUAUCCAAUUACCAUAUUUUGCUGGCGUGAACGAAAACCAACUGCAUAAGAAGCCGCAAUUGGUUCAGAUCAAUAAUUUAGUGAAUAGUGGGACACAUACUGGAAACUCGUCGAACAAUGACUCAAAGCCUCUGUCCGGCGUGUCAUAUAAUACCCAGAAAAUGGAUACAGGAUUCAACGGACGCUGGUUUGCUCGUCAGGCUGAGACUUCAACCACCGAGACAACGACGCCCUUACCCACCACCACACUGCAACAUCCACCAGUAAAUGCGCAAGGAAUCGAUAAUCACUUUUCUGCGGCCUUCAUUGAGGCGUUCUUAGAAGCGGUUACGGGGAAAGCGGAACGGUCGUCCAGCGUCAACCAGUUUUCCAAUAGCGUACCAAUUUCGCCCACACCAGUAUCACCGGCUGCGACGAACGUAGCGACGGCCUCAACCUGGCAGGAUGUUGCCAUGCACGAUGGCGCGAUCCUCAUGUUUUCAGUGCGCGCCAGUUCGGGGCAUAGUUUAGUCAACUUAUACACCGCACCGAUUGUUACAAACCAAAUGGAUGCACAGUGGUUCAAACAUGUUGAAUUUGAUCAGUGGACGGUAGGAAGAUAUCGACGCGUAAUGUUAGAGCUGUGGCACGCUAACCAACCAGUGGUACGACUCACAUUCAACGCAGAAUACGCCGACCGAUAUACCUGGUUUCAGAAAGCCCUGCUAAUUGAGUCCUUUCCAUGGUACGAAAAUGAGUUAAUUCAAGAGACCGUAUUUCUAAGAAGCAGGACCGAGCCAUUUUCAAUUCUACACGCUCCCAGCACAGCCGAAACACAAGCGAGUCUGACGUGUCCACAACUGAGUGGCUACUUGCUAAUUGUCGACUCCGAAUCAUCCACUUCCGCCUGUCCAUGGCUGCAUUCGGACAACGACGGGGAUACAAAAAGUGCGCAAAACAAGAGCCAUGCGAAGGCAAGUCAAUUCCCAAGUUUUAUUUACACCUUACCCGCGGCAUUGUGGGGUGAAGGAGUGAAGAGUGGGACAAAAGGGUCUGUGUCACCCCCACGGUUCUCCGACAAGAACGGUGUCACGAGAGCGGACGAACUGCGGAUCUACGCCGCCCCUUAUAGCCUAGUUCCUGCCACUGCGAAUGACCCAUUCUUCGCUCGAACAAACACGUUACUCUUUGCCUUGGACACAAUGACCGGUAUCGCUUUUGGUCGUCUUUGGCGACAAACAAUAAGCAGUCCACCAGGCUACCAUCCAUACAAAUAUACUCCUGAAAGGCACUUGGACAAGGAGCCUGUGGUACCUGCAUGUCGGUGUUGGUAUCGAAGUCGUGCGAUCGAAAACUGGCACAGGCCGGCACAGACGAUGGUCUGGCAUUCGAGAAGCACCGUCCUCACAGGAUUUAAGAGCACCCUGGUACAAUUCUCCGACGACCUUGGGAAAGUUGUGGCCCAGUUGGUGUUUGACACGCGUGGGUCACCAGCCGAUUCGUGGUUCUCCAUCUCAAGGUUGAAAUAUGCCACUCCUUGGUCUGUGAAAACGCUUCGCAACUAUAACUUCUUGCAGUUUGGUCAAGGACUUUCACUACCCCGAUCAAUGUCAACUGGGUCGACAUGGGAAUCGGUUGGAUUGUGGAUCGGUCAGCCGGUUAUGAAUUCUUUGGCGUGCGCCAGUCUCUUACUAGUGAUGGAUAAACAAAUGGAUACCGGUAUCCCACCUUGUUUGAAACAAAUCCCGUUCACACCUGAAGGGACAUUUAUGGCACUUAGUGAGCAACCGGUUCCAGUAGAGAAAAUGCGUGCAGUGAGACAAAUCACCAUAUGGUCUGUCUGAUUUAUCGAAAAGUCAAGUCCAGAAAUGGAGAGAAAACUGUCCAUGGGUGACUUGUGGGUCUG